UGUCCCUCGGACACAGUGGAUCACGGAAAGAGCCGAAGAUGUCAGCUCGGUCAUGUAAUCAGCUGUGUCCAAUCACAGCUGAUCACAUGUGCACUGAUCAUCAGGGCACUGAUGAUCAGUGUGCUCUGAUGAUCAAUGUGGCCCCAGAAGUGCCACCUGUCAGUGCUCAUCAGUGCCACGUGCCAGUGCCCAUCAGUGCCACAUCAAUGCCACAUAUCAGUGCAUACCAGUGCACAUCAAUGCCACAUAUCAGUGCCCAUCUGAGCUGCCUUUCAAUGUCACCCGUCAGUGCCACCUAUCAGUGCUGCCAAUCAGUGUGCCAGUCAGUGUCACCUAUCAGU